AUGGACGACAUCAGAAAAGACUUGCCUCUGUCCAUGACCAUGGCCGCCUUCAUUGGCAUCUCGUGGUACAUUGGCAUCGAGAUCAACGUGUCCCUGUUCCUCAUCUUCAAGCGGCGGCGCGGCCUGUACUUUUGGGCCUGCGCACUCACGUCGUGGGGCGUCAUCCUGCAGCCUCUCUUCAUCAUCCUCGCCGACUUUGGCGUGUGGAAAGACGCCGUGCCGUCCAUCGCCCUCAUCUACCUCUCCUGGCUGAUCAUGGUGGUGCCCCAAAGCUGGGUGCUGUACUCGCGGCUGCACCUGCUGAUGCACACGGCCAGCGUGCUCAGGGCCAUCAAGUACGUCCUCGUCUUCAACUCGGUUGUGUUUUCAAUACCGACCAUGGUGAUUGGCACCAUAGCUCAGGCCACGUCCAUCAACGGCAACCUGCCGGCCUUCAACCUCGUCUGGGACCGGAUCCAGCUCGUCGUCUUCUUCGUGCAGGAGGCCGCCCUCGGCAUCCUCUACAUCCUCCAGACCCGAAGGUACCUGCGCGGGCGGGCGCCGCUCACCGAGCACACGUGGUCCCCGUCGCCGGCCGGCCCGGCCGCCCGGCCGCAGACCAAGGAGCAGAAGGCGGUGCUGUGGCAGCUCAUAUACGCAAAUUGCGCCAUCAUCGCGCUCGACACUGUGCUGCUCGGCAUCCAGUGCGCCAACAUGUUCCACCUGCAGGGCGCCUUCAAGCCGUGCGUCUACGGCAUCAAGCUCAAGCUCGAGUUCGUCAUCCUCAACCGCCUGAUCCAGACGAUCCGCAAGCCCGCCGCCACGGCGCUCUACCUCGGCACCGGGCCCGAGAGCUCCGCCCGCAGCCGCCAGUCGAGGCACAACAGCAUGGGGCACAAGAAGCCCGCCGUCGUCGAGCCGCACGAGGACAACGACGCCGUGCAGCUGGUCGACAACAUCUCGGCGGGUGCCUUUGCCUCUCACAGUCGGGAGAGCCAGGCGCCGACGUAUCCCGGAAGCAUCAGGUGA